AGCAAUGAGAACAACUCGUCAACGACUAGGUAUUAGAAUGACGAAGGCAGACAGUUCUAUUUUGAAGUACGUAGAGGCUUACGACACCAAAAAGAAAGCAGGAGGGGCUAUGUUGAUUGAAUGUGAUGGGAACGACGCAAACCAGCAGAUGUGUUACUCGGUUGUUCACCCCAGGUCCUAUGUGAAUUCCCAGUAUGUUCGUACAAUUGCAUAUCUCUACAACCGGGAGUGGGCUAGUGAAUUUCCAAAGAGUUGUCGCAGACUUAUGCUUGACUCUAUGUUUGCAGUGAGUACUAAAACUAGGUCUUUAAUAUACGUUAUGUUGAUCCAGUUUAUUAAAUGCUAAAUCCUCUGUUGGCAGCAUCAAAAGCUAAAG